AUGUCUACUCAAAGAUUGUUUACCGAAAGUUCGUCGGGAAUGCCUAAGGUGUCAUCUCUAUCACUUGAAGAAGAUUCCAACCAAAAGAACCACUUCGGUAACGCCUUUGAUUUCAAAGCUCGAUUGACCGAUAUGCCAUCAGUGCCUGAGGACUGCCCACUGGUCAUUUAUAGACUAAGAAGGUUAGUGAUCUCCCCUACCUGUAUUUUAUAUACUAAUUGUAGAGUAAGUUGGCAACAUUGCAGAACCAGCAGCCUCCCAUGAACAUAUCCCCUUGGAACAUAGCCAGUGUUUGACUGUAAGUGAUCUUAAUCCUAAUUUUCUGUGCUGGAUUCUAAAACUUGUUAGAAUCAAAACUUGCCUGGGAUGGAUAUCAACAGUAGAGUCCGUCCUCAACGUCCAGUACAUCCUCUACUUGAGGAAGCUCGACAAUAUGCACUUAGCCCUGAUUCACUUGACUGGGAGAAGACACCACCAGUUUUUUGGACCCUGA